AUGUUGAAAGCCAGGGAUAUUGAUACAAAACCUCCAGACGACGGGAAACAAGGAGUAAAACUCGCUUUAAGAUCACACGCAGACGACCAAGUCCAGCUUGACAAAUCAACAGACCAGCAGACGACAUUUGAGAGGACACCAGCGGAGGACAAAACACCAAACAACACGUCAUCACUGGCCCCUCUUUCAAAAUCUCCCGACAAACAUCUGUCAACUUCAUCAGAGGUGGUUAAGCACAAGACAACAGCAGAUACAGCUGGAGCCGCCUCAGAUAAAGAUAUCACGGACAGAAAGCGGAAGUACCUCUACACUGUCCCAGCCGAGUUUUUAGCGAGCUGGAUCCUCAACAACAAAUCCGCCACCUUUGAAAGAGGUCUGCUGGCAAAAACCAAGAUGGGCUGCUCGUAUGGCUACAUCAAUGAGGGUGAUAAGUGCUUCAGCUUUUACGACAUCAUCACUAAUUAUACUAACUGUAAGGCCCUAUGUGAUGUGUUUAGGAGUAAGCCAGUCCUGCCGGACAGUGUGGAAAUCUACGACACCUUGUACGGCCUGUUCCGGCACUCCUUAGAGUCCAAGAAUUUUGAUCUGAACAACUCGUCUUUCUGGGUGGCUAUAGUCAACAAGCAGGAACACUACUGGGUGUCAGACUACGCCAACAACACGAAAGACACCAGUUCUGUGAAAUACGUCCGGUGGGCUGAUGGACAUCCGGGUUUCGCAUCCACCCACGGCGCCAAAUGCUCCGGCAUCUCGUUCGUCGACGCCAAAUACCGCGCCAUCAAGUGUGACGAGCUCAACUACUGCGCAUGCUCCACGCCAUUGAUGGUGUUAAACGAACACUCACCCUUCGGCUAACCAGAUUUAGCCAUCUUAGCACCGUACAAUCUCAUGACGA